CUGCGCUGCUGGCUGGCAGAAGCUUUGCAGGAGAGCUACGGGUCGCACGCAGGGGUCCCGCGGCUGUCCCGACCGGGGAAAAUGACCCAAAAAUCUGGAUAAAUGGCGAAGUUCAAGAUGAAGUCCGGCCAGCGGUGGCUUAUUUUUCUUUUCUUUCUACCUUUAUCGGGUGUUUUAUGCUUUAGUGAGCUGUCCUUCAUCACAGAGCCCAGUGAUGUUACAGCUCUACCAAAGGAUCCUGCUGUGUUGGACUGUCAGGCUCAUGGGCAGCCUCCGGUCACCAUCAAGUGGCUCAAAAAUGGAGUCAAGUUGGCGGAAAGCGAGCACUUGAGGUUUCUGCCGAAUGGCUCCUUGUACAUACCAAAGAUAAAGCAUACCAAGGAGGAUUCAGAUGAAGGGUUCUACCAGUGCCUCUCCCAGAACAAAUAUGGAGCUAUCCUAAGCCAAAGAUCACGUCUGACUAUCGCAAGUAUCACAGAGUUUGAGUCGCAUCCCGUGUCCACGGCAGUGUCUGAGGGUUCUGUGGCGCGGUUCUCCUGCGCCGUCGCCUCCAGUCCUCCGGCCACCAUCACCUGGGAGUUUAACAGAAGCACGCUUCCUCUACAGACAGACAGGAUAACGGUUCUGCUGAACGGAGUCCUUCAGAUUCACAACGUUCAACUGGAGGACGCCGGACGGUAUCGCUGCGUUGCCACUAACAUCGGCAGCCGCUUAAAGAGCAGAGAGGCCACGCUGACAGUAAACAAAGCCGGAGGCCCUAAACCCCAUCAGAGGCCCCGAAUCAUCGCUGGACCACAGAACCUAACGGUGUCCCUUCACCAUACUGUGAUACUGGAGUGCGUGGCCACAGGCAAUCCCUCACCCAUCAUCUCCUGGAGCCGAGCCGACAGCAAACCCAUCGAUGUUUACAACGCCAAAGUGCUGGGGAACGGGAACCUGGUCAUCACCGACGUCAGCUCCAAGCACAGCGGCGUGUACCUGUGCAGGGCCACCACGCCUGGAACACGCAACCACACGACUGCAGCCGCCAACCUCACAGUGUUAGUGCCACCAACCAUUGUUGAGAGGCCUGAGAGUCAGACCCGUCCACGAGCCGGCACUGCCCGCUUCAUGUGCCAAGCAGAGGGAGUGCCUCCACCACGCAUCCGCUGGCUAAAGAACGGAGAAGAGGUUCACCUGAAUGGGAGAAUAAAGAUGUACAGCAGUAAACUGGUGAUCACCCAGAUUAUCCCCGAAGAUGAUGCCAUCUAUCAGUGCAUGGCAGAGAACGAACAGGGGUCUGUGCUGUCCCUGGCCCGCCUCAUUGUUGUCAUGUCUGAGGACAGGCCCAGCGCGCCAAGGAACAUCCACGCUGAAACCAUCUCAAGCUCUGCCAUCCUGCUGGCCUGGGACAGACCCCUGUACAACGCAGACAAAGUGAUAGCCUACUCCAUCCAUUACAUGAAGGCUGAAGGUCUGAACAACGAAGAGUAUCAGGUCGUUAUUGGCAACGACACAACCAGCUACAUCGUCGACGACCUGGAGCCGGCUCGAAACUACAGCUUUUACGUCGUGGCUUAUAUGCCGAUGGGAGCCAGUCGCAUGUCCGACCAAGUCAGCCAACACACGCUGGAAGACGUACCUCUGCGUACUCCGGAGCUCACUCUGACCAGCCACAGCUCGACGGAGAUCCAGGUGACCUGGCAGCCCCUGCCUACUAAGAUCAGCCGCGGCCGAGUAUUGGCCUACAGACUCUCCUAUCGCACGGCUGUAGACGACACCGUCAUCAGCGUGGAGCUACCGCAAAACGGCACGCAACACCUGUUGAAGGGCCUGCAGCCCGACACCAUCUACCUGCUCCGAAUAGCCGCGGCCACGCGUGUGGGCUGGUGCGAGCCCUCGGCGUGGACCUCGCACCGUACAUCGAAGAUCUCCAGCGGCAGAGUGCCUCCAGCCCCUGUUUUGCAGCUUGAGGCUCUGAACUGCACCUCCGUCAGGGCCCGUUGGCAGACCGCCCCAGAUUCUGUGGCUGUUCUGGGUUUCCGGCUGUGUUACCAUGAGGAGGGCCAACCGGAGCAGCCGAGCAUCCUGCUGCAGGCUCAGACCUACGCCUACACCAUCGGUGGCCUCGAUCCAAGGAGAAAAUACCACUUCAAGAUUCUGGCUAUCAGCAAAGUCGGAGAUGGUUAUCAGACAGACCAAACAAUGAGCACUCCAGGAUGUCUGUCGGCCAGAGACCAGCUGGCUGCAGCUCCUCCCCCUCCACAUCAAGUCACCGUCUUGACCAGCAAUUCAUCCGCGGCGACCCUGCGCUGGAGUCGCCCGGCUUUCUCCUCUGGAAAGGCUGUUAGCUACACGGUGCGCUGCACCCCCGUGGGCACGCACAACGUCUCCGCCAUCCUCUACAUCCAAACCACCAAGCAGAGCGUUACGGUUCACGAUCUGAUUCCAAACACUCAGUAUGAGUUUGUGGUGCGUCUCCAUGUGGAUCAGAUGUCCAGUUCCUGGAGUUCGGUCGUGCACCACCGGACUUUGCCAGCAGCGCCCAGCCACCCGCCCGCAGCAGUGCGAGUAACUCUGAUUGAGGAUGACACAGCUCUGGUGUCCUGGAGGGAGCCCACUGAGCCGAACCUGGUGGUGACGCACUACACCAUCCUGUACGCUUCACAGCAAGCCUGGAUGGCUGGACACUGGCAUAGAAUACAGAGAGAGGGAACUCACACGAUGGCCUUAUUAGAGAAGCUGGAGCCGGGAAAUGUCUACCUGGUGAAGAUUUGUGCCUCCAACAAAGUAGGCGACGGACCUUUCUCCAGCAUCGUGGAGCUGGUGCCGAAGCGCGGACACGUCCACCGCAGCAAGAACCCCAGGCACUCAGACGGCUUUCCGGUCACCACAGUGUUCUCUGACGGCCUCUACCACAUUGACCAGAGGUCCAUGACGGGGAUAAUGGUCGGCGUGAGCAUCGCCUUAACCUGUAUUGCCAUGUGUGCCUUAAUCCUCAUCAGCAAGGGCAGACCGAGAAAAUCAGCAGGUCCCAAAGUCAUUGCUGUCAGAGCCUCUGAAGGUCCCCAUCCUGGCAGGCCCCUUCCCGGUAGCUACCACCUGGAGAACGUUGAGGCUCUCUUACCUGUGAUCAGCAACCAGUUCAAGGAUCCUGCGGGUGGAACUGAUGCUGUCACAAAUAGUUGCGGUCCAGUCAGGAACAAGACUCAAAGCAAGAAGUGGCUGAUUUUCCAGAGAGAGAUGAGCAAUCUACCUGCAAACGAUGCUGAGACAAGAGCCUGCUCCUACGAGCCCGGCCGGACCGUCCUGAGGUACGACGAGCGCCCGGGCUCUGCCCCGCUGCCCCUUUCGUCUCGGGAGAUCAUCUACGGACCGCUUCACGUGGAGAGCUCUCAGAGCAGCGAAGGCAGCCAGGAAACCGGCGACUCGGGUCACUACUCCAACGAGGAGAGCAACGAAGAGACGAGCAACCCGUCAACCUGCCAGAGUUCAAGAACCGCCCGUUUGGAGUCAGACGCCGGCGCCGCUGGCCCGGAUCUUAAGCCGUCUGUUAAAGCGGAACCGGACGGGAUGCACUUCCGUCGCUCAGUUCCCGAAGCUUCCUUUCUCACCAGUGCCUCCGGUAACGCUCAUCCCCAAGCAGCCUGCUCCUGACACGGCCGGGCCCGUUUCCACACUCCGCCGACCCGAAGCGACGCCGCUUCUACCUCAUUCGCUUCCUGAGAAGAGACCCUAGAGUAUUUUGUGACAGAGAGGGGCCACCAGGAACCUGCUGCUGGAACGGAAGAAAUGUGCAUUCGCUUCGGACGUACCCUCAGGAUUUUGGAUGAAUGUCGUUAAAACAUUUCUUUCGCUUUUAUUUUUUUUUUUUUUUUUACACAACUUUCUACCUGUUUGCGUGUUUGGUAUUGUCUGUCCUCACCCAAGCUCACCCACGAUGAAUGUUUAAGAAGAAUGUCAGAAUUGACCGGGAUACAUUUUUAUUAGAUUUAUUAGAGAUGCACCGAUCAGGAUUUCCGUUUUUUUGUGAAGACGCGGAAAUCGGUCACCAGCCGAUUUCUUGAUGCAUCCCUAAUAUUUACUCGUCUACUAGAGCGGAGGAUGUAGUGGAGCCCCUUUUUGAUGAAUGAUCUACCUCAGCGUACUGUUUUUAUAUACAUUACUACCUCCUUUUACCACGUCUUCUGCAGUAUUACCUCAGACUCAGGGGAGAAAGUGAAAGCGCUUCAUUUCCUUGUUCAUGUCAACUUUUUUUUUUUCCCCCCUGAGCAUUACGUUCCAUUUCUGCCCACACGGGUUGAAAGUUAUUUUGCUCCUUAUUGUUGUUCUUUGCCGUAAAGAUGAAAAGUGCAUUACAUUUUGUCGAACUAAUUUUAGCUUUAUCCAACAGUAUUGUUUGGCAUUUUCAGUGCACUGAUUCAAAGCUUUAACAUGGCCUUAAAAAAAAGAAAAGAAAGGGCUUUACAUGCUAUAGAUGGUUAGAUCCAAAGAAAAGGAAAAAAUUAAAAAAAAAGACAAAAUCUGCACCCAAAGAGUUACAUUAGAAACUAAAAGGCAACCAAAAAUAAAGCAGAUGUCCUUUUAGGGUGUAAUUUACCAAAAUAUUGUUCUUACCAGAGAUGUACAUUUUCCUGGGUUCUCUGUGUAACUGUUUAUAGUGCUUUAUUCUGGUGAAAGCUUUAGCACAAGCCUUUGUGCUCCAUUUGCCUUCUGAAACCAUUGCUAAAUGCAGAGGUGAUGCCGAUGCUAUUAUCCAAAGAGUUGUUCUGCUUCCUCAGACGGGUUACAGCUUGUUUUCUACAGUUGAUCCUUGGUACGGCCUGCUGAAAAGUAUACGCGCAAGACCAAAGAUUCAGCGUGUCCUGCCAGUGGUGAUUGGUUUGUAAUUAUUCUAAACUGAGAGAGUAAUUUGUCAUCGUUCAUUAAGUUUACCGUAAGGAUGAAGACUUGGCUUCUGUCCUUUGUGUUUCCUGUCCAGGUGUGACAGUAAAGGAUUCUGACUAUCAUAAUGGAAACCCUCUGAGCGAAGAGCAACAUAAUCAGAUUUUUUCUAUCUUUGUAAUACAAAAUAAUCCUAACCAAAGGAUCUUUAAGUCUCUGUUCAUUUAGUGAAUUUCUUUGGUUUUCAUUUACAUUGUGUACUGGGUUUGUAUUCAAAGAUGAAAUGAUUUCCGCAGUUUGGUUUCUAGAAAGGCUUUCUUUUUCACACAGUUUUUAUUUUUUUUUUUAAACUUGAGAUGUCAGAAAGUGUUCUGGUGUCUUUUUAACCGCCUUGAAUUGUUUUAACCCAAUUGAUUCUUAGGUUCCUUUGGGGAAAUUCAGAUUUAGAUUAUAUUUCUUUAGCACAAUGUUGCGAACCAAAAACAUUUAUUCUGACACUUUUCCAGAAUGUCUUCUUUCAGUUUUAGUUAAGGCUGUGUGAUGACUGCUGUAAAAUUGCUAAAACUGAAAGUUUAUGAUGAAGCCAACAGGUUCUGAAUUUAGACAUAGAAUGUAGAUUGAACUGUUAUUUAAGUUUUCUGAUUUUGUUUUUUGUUUUUUUGAGUACCAGAAUGCAUCUUCUCCACCAAAGAGAGCAACAAAAUAGAUUAUUUUAUGGUGUUGAACUGUUGCAACAAGCUUUUUUGAUACUCAAACUGAUAAGAUUAGAUAAUAAAAUUGUUCUUGAGAAAAAGA